UCAGUUGCGACUUUGACUUCUUGAUCAGAUCAUCUUCCUCUUUGACCAGACAACGAGCCAACACAAUCACCCGGCGUAACGGAACCUUCCACCCGACACCAGCUUUACAUCAGUCAAAUAUAUCACGACAGAAUUACCACAUAUCCCAAGCACGCGACCACGAAGCUUUGUGUGUUCAUAACACCCCCCCUCCCCCUCCCCCGCGCAGCUUCCCCGCCAGAUCCCCAGCUUCGCAAACUCCAGAUCCAUCACCAUGAGCGGAGACGACGAUUGGUGGACGUCUUCCAACGAGGCCCUCCUGGUCUCGCUUGUCACCCCCUCCGACACUGGCGUGAAAACACUGGACACUUUCCACCCGGAAUACACAAACAACAUCUUCGGCGAGAAAGAACAAAUCUUUGGCUACAAGGGUCUUCGCAUUAAUCUGCAGUAUAACGCCAGUGACAUGCUGCCCAACCUCAAGGUGUCCUACAAGAAAAAGUACCAGCCCACAGCCGACGAAGAGGCCCUCGACAUCAACGAGGUCCUGUCCGAGUUCCUCCCCGAAAUUGCCUUCCAGAAGCAAUCCGACUUCGAAACCCGGCUCAAGUCCAUUCCCGACAACUGGACCCCGCCCGGAACUCUCGUCACAAGCUUCAGCAACAAAGAUGGGGAAUACCAAGUUUACAGCGGCAAGAUCACAGACCCUGCCGUCAAGCAGCUCCUCAACCGCAUCCAGAUUCUCGUUCCCUUCUUUGUCGACGGAGGCACCCCUAUCGACAUGGAAGACCCCGAAGUCGACCGAUGGACAAUCUAUUUCCUCUACAACAAGCGUCCUCUUCCCAACCAGCCCGACAAAUUCUCCUACCAUUUCGCCGGCUACAGUACCCUCUACCGGUACUAUGCCUUCCAACCCCCCGCAGAGUCCGAAUCCAAGACCCCGACCGACACCCCGACCUUCUCUGUCGACGGCGACUUCGACCUCGAUACUCUCCCCUGCCGCACCCGCAUCUCCCAGUUCAUCAUCAUUCCGCCCUUUCAGCAAAAGGGCCUCGGCUCGCGCCUCUACAGCAUUAUUUACCAGCAAUACCUUAAGCACGAGCCCACCAUCGAGUUGACGGUGGAAGACCCCAACGAGGCCUUCGAUGACAUGCGCGAUCUCGCCGACCUCGCAUUCCUCAGCAAACAACCCGAGUUCCGAGCGCUCAAGAUCGACACCAGCGUCGAGAUUCCCGAGGAGGGCAAAGCACCCAACAAUAUCGUCGACCAAGCAGCCUGGGAAGCCUGCCGAAAGAAGUUCAAGAUCGUGCCCCGGCAGUUUGCCCGCGUGCUCGAAAUGUACCUGAUGUCCCAGCUUCCCGAGAGCGUCCGGCCAGGUCUGGGCGCUCCCGAGGAUGAGGACUACGAGGAGCAGAGCGGUAGAAGCAAGAGUAAGGGCAAAGAGAAGGCCCUGCCAAAGCCCACCCCCGAAGACGAGCAUACGUAUAGGUUAUGGAUGAUGCUCGUCAAGCGGAGGCUAUACGUGCACAACAGGGACGCGCUGGGCCAGCUGGAGCUUAAGGAGCGCAGGGAGGAGCUGGCCAAGGUUUUUGCUGGUGUGGAGUUUGAUUAUGCUCGGUUGCUGAUCAAGGCUGAGGAGCAGAGCAAGCUGGCUCAGGCUGAUGGUGAGACUGCGAGUGAUCAAGUGCCGGCUACUCCUUCUGCUGCUAAUGGUAAGCGCAAGUUGAACGAGGUUGAGCAGACGGAGGAAACAGCUGCUGUGUCGAGCAAAAAGGCCAAGGUUGAGAGCGGAAAUGCAUAGAGUCUACCUCUCUACCCAUGACAAAGUCCCAAAGUACAGGAGGGAUGGGCGGUCAAUGACAUCUCUAAGGGUUUGAGCAUCGAAAAUAUGGCAUUUUUCCCCCGAAUGAUAUGAGGUGGUAUCUGUAAUGCAUACUAGCCUAUGCUUGGGGUGGAUGUCUUGCACAUAGGUUGAAAAUAGCAUUGUUGGUGCGAGCAUAUGUUUUUCCCGGUAUGACUGUAUUUGUUGUUUAUUUGUACAUAUUGAAGGGGC